GUACUACUUUAGCGGUGGCACUUGCUUUCGUCGCAUAGUUUCAACACUAGACUUUUUCAAGCACCAAUCGUUCGAGAAGCAGAGAGUUGGCCUGUCAGUCACGACUGUGGAAUCAACGCCACCAUGCUGCUUCCGCAGGAAAACAAACCCGAAUCCGCCUCGGUGUCGGCUGCCUUCUUCUGCCCUCAAGCCAGGGCCCCAGACGAAGAGUAUCUCGCAGGGCUGCACUCCUUUCUCAGCCAGAAUGCACACGGACAAGCUCUCCUAAAGGAGAUUGCGGCGCUCAAGACAGACCGGGUAUGGGACGUAUUCGCCAACUCGCGAGACGACGUUGCGGCGCUAAGCCAGGGCCCCAAGUAUGUCGACAUGCUCUUCGACUGGGCCGUCAACGGCGUCGGCGGCCCAUUAGCAGCGGCCAGGUCGGGCAUCGUUGCCCUCCCUCUGCUUCUGAUCCUCCAGACGACGCAGUAUCUGCGGUACCUCGAGUUCAACGGCAUCUCCCACCGCGGCUUCCUGGCCGCCAUCGGGGGUGCAGGUGGUCUGCAGGGCUACUGUGGUGGACUUCCGAGCGCCAUGGCCAUUGCGUGUGCCCAAGACGAGCCCGAGGUCGUCCAGCACGCAGCCACGGCGAUGCGCAUUCUGCUGGGCAUCGGCGCGUACGGCGAGGCUGCCGACGACUCCGGAGGCAGCGGGUCCACCACGCUCGCUCUCCGCCUCAAGUACGAGGGCCAGGGCGGCGACCUGACCCGCCGGUUCCCCGGUACACACGUCUCGGCAGUCACAGAGCCACGGUCGGUCAGCAUCGUCGGGCCUGCAGCCAAGCUGCACGACCUCUACUGCGUCGCCAAGGAGCAAGAGGGCCUGCAGGUGCAGAAGAUGGAGGUGCGCGGCAAGGUCCACAACCCGGACAACGAGCAGCUAGCUGCCGAACUGUGCCGCCUCUGCAGCACGCGCCCGUCGCUCCAGCUCCCCGACGCGGAGGAGCUGCAGGUGUCGGUCCGGUCGAACAGGUCUGCUCGGCGCCUUGUCCAGGGGCCGCUCACGGACGAGCUCGUCACCACCAUCCUAGCAUCUCGCUGUGAGUGGUACAGCCUGCUCGGCGAGGUUGCCGGCGACCUGGAGAAGGCGCGGGUCAGCACGCCGGGCUUUGUUUACUUUGGCCUCACCGACUGCGUGCCCCUGACGCCGUUCCACAAAGCCGGCCUGCGCCCGACCAAGACGGCGGCGCACAGCCUGAUCCAGCGGCAGCGGCAGCGCCUGGACAGCAAGGGGCCCGGCCUGGACAGCAGGGCGCCCGGCCUGGACAGCAAGGCGCCCGGCCUGGACAGCAAGGCGCCCGGCCUGGACAGCAGGGCGCCCGGCUUCCCGGAAGACGCGCUGGCCGUGGUCGGAGCGUCGUGCCGGCUGCCGGGCGCGAGCAGCCUCGAAGAGCUGUGGACCAUGCUCGCGGCGGGGUCCGACCGCCACCAGAAGCUGCCCGCCGACAGGUUCGACCUGGCGGGCAGCUUCCGAGCCGGGCAGAGCGGCAACUUUGCCAAGGAGCGCACCUUCUACGGAAACCUGAUCGGCGACGUGCAGCGCUUCGACAACGCCUUCUUUGGUGUCAACGCGCGCGAGGCGGCCAACAUGGACCCCCAGCAGCGCAUGCUGCUCGAGCUGUCAUACGAGGCGCUCGACGACGCCGGCUACCUGGCGACGCACCGGCGCGACGCCGGCGACAACGUGGGCUGCUUCGUCGGCGCGAGCUUUGUGGAGUACCUCGACAACACCAACGCGCACGCGCCGACGGCCUACACGUCGACGGGCACGAUCCGGGCGUUCCUCUGCGGCCGCGUCAGCUACUACUACGGGUGGUCUGGGCCGGCCGAGGUCAUCGACACGGCGUGCUCGUCGUCGCUGGUGGCCAUCAACCGGGCGUGCAAGGCCGUGCAGAACGGCGAGUGCCGCAUGGCGCUCGCCGGCGGCAUCAACCUCAUCGCGGGCGUGAACAACUUCCUCGACCUGGCCAGGGCCGGGUUCCUGAGCCCGACGGGCCAGUGCAAGCCGUUCGACGCCGCGGCCGACGGCUACUGCCGCUCCGACGGGGCCGGCCUGGUCGUCAUCAAGAGGCUGCGAGACGCCGUCGCCGACGGGGAUGCCGUCCUGGGCGUCAUCGCCGGCAUCGCCACCAACCAGGGCGGGCUGUCGUCGUCGAUCACGGUGCCCGAGUCGGCGGCCCAGCAGGCGCUGUACCGGAACGUGCUCGCGCAGUCGGGCAUCCCGGCCGAGAGCGUCACCUACGUCGAGACGCACGGGACGGGGACGCAAGCCGGCGACCCGCUGGAGAUUGAAAGCAUCCGCAACAGCAACAGCAACAGCAACAGCAACAGCAGCACCCUCUACGUCGGGUCCAUCAAGGGCAACACCGGCCACUGCGAGACGGCCGCGGGCGUGGCGGGCUUGCUCAAGGUGCUGGCCAUGAUCAAGCACGGGCAGCUGCCGCCGCAGGCCAGCCACACGCGGCUCAACCCCAAGAUCGCGCCGCUAGAGGUGGACGGGUUGGCCAUUGCGCGCAGCCUGCGGCCGUGGACGGCGCCGCUGCGGGCCGCGCUGGUCAACAGCUACGGCGCGGCCGGGUCCAACGGCGCGCUUCUCUGCUGCGAGAUGCCAUCUCAGGGGGAGGAGGACGGCAGCCGCCGCCUAAGCCCGUCUCACUCUCGGCGGCUGGGCAACGUCGUGAUGCCGCUGCUGCUCAGCGCGGCGUCGGAGAAGAGCCUGCUACAAAACGCCGCCGCGUUGGGCGCGUACCUGCGCCAGCACCAGGACGAGCUCAGCCUGGCCGACGUCGCGCUGACCCUGAACACGCGGCGCAGGCGGCAGCCCAAGUUCCUCGCCAGCAUUGAGGCGGCCAACACGCGCGACGCGGCGGCGCGGCUGCUCGGCGCGGCGGGGGCGGCAGGAGCGGGAGCGGCGGCGGCGGCGGCGGCCUUGUUCCAGGCGCCGCAGACAGGGGCGCGGCCCGUGGUGCUCGUCUUCAGCGGGCAGUACGACAACAAGGUGGGGCUGGACCGGUCCUUCUACGACAGCAUGCCGGCGUUCCGCGCACACGUCGACGCCGUCGACGGGCUGCUGCGCGACAUGGGCUACGCGUCCAUCCUGCCGGCGCUGUUCGACGGCACGCGGCCGGUCGCCGACGUGGCCACGCUGCAGUGCGGCAUCUUCGCCAUGCAGUACGCGGCGGCGCGGUGCUGGAUCGACGGCGGCGCGGCGCCGCGCGCGCUGGUCGGCCACAGCCUGGGCGAGCUGACGGCGCUGGCCGUGGCGGGCGUGCUAGGGCUCGCGGACGCCGUCAAGCUAGUGGCGGCGCGCGCGCGCCUGAUCGACGCCGAGUGGGGCGAGGAAAAGGGGGCCAUGCUGGCGCUCAGCGGGUACGGCGCGCGCGAGUUCGAGGACGCCAUCGCGGCGCGGCUGCGGGCCGAGGGCGGCCACCGCCUCGAGGUCGCGUGCUACAACGCGCCGGCGGCGCUGGUGGUGGCGGGCACGGCGGCGGCCGUCGACGCCGCCGAGCAGCUCGUCGGCACGGACGCGAGCCUCUCGGGUCCCCAGAAGCGGCUGCGCGCGCGCCGCCUCGCCACCAGUCACGGCUUCCACUCGGCGCUGAUGGAGCCCGUGCUGGCGGACCUGGCCGCCGUCGCGCGCACGCUGCAGUGGCGCGAGCCGGCGAUCCCGCUGCACGCGUGCACCGCGCAGCCGCUGGCGUCGUUCGCCGAGUACGACGUGGCCCGCCACGCGCGCGAGCCUGUGUACUUCGCCGACGCCGUGCGCCGCGUCGAGGCCCAGCUCGGCCCCGCCGUGUGGCUUGAGGCCGGCGUCGACACCCCCGUGGUGGCCAUGGCCAGCAAGGCCGUGACCCGGCCCGACGGCCACACGUUUCUGGCGAGCGCUGCCGCCGCCGCCUCCACACCCGCCGACGCCGUGGCCGGCGUCGUGGCUCGCCUCUGGCGCGCGGGCGUCUUCGCGUCGCACUGGCGCCUCGUCCCCGAGACGGCCGGCGGGCCGGUCCCACACGCCAGGCCCGUGUGGCUCCCGCCGUACCAGUUCGAGCCGACGCGGCACUGGCUGGCCAACGUAGACCGCGUCACGGAGAUGCACUGCCGCUGCCGCCGCCGCCGCCGCCGCCGCAGCACAAACCCCCGGCCCGCGCGGGACACUCCCCCCCCACCGCCGCCACCUCCCCCCCGGCUCGUGACGCGGACGGGCGCGCGCGAGUUCGCCAUCAACCGGGCCAGCGAGCGCUUCCGCACCGUGGUGCGCGGGCACGCCGUGCGGUCGCGCCCGCUGUGCCCCGCGUCCAUGUACAUGGAGUGCGUGGUCAUGGCGGUGCAGCUGCUGCUCGGCGGCGGCCUGCCCGCGGGCGCUAGCCUCGUGUUUGAGGAUUUUGCCAUCAACGCGCCGCUGGGUGUCGACGGCGAUGGCGACGCGGCGGUGCUGCUCGAUCCGGCGCCCAACAACAAGCCGGAUGCGUGGCGGUUUGUUGUUCGUACUUUGGUCCGUGGCAGCGGCAGUGGCAGGGGGAGUGGCAGUGGCAGUGGCAGUGGCGCCGACAGGCCCAAGGAGCUAACACACGGCAGCGGGCUCGUCUGCGUGGCGGCGGCUGCUGCGGCGCCCGGGCUGGACGCCUUCCAGCGGCUGGUGGCCGGGCCCAUGGCGGAGAUAGAGAGCGGCGGCGGGGGCCGGGGGGGCGGCGGCGGCGGCGGCGGCGUGGAGCUGCUGCUCGAGAAGCGCGCGUACGGGCUGUUUGGGCGCGUGGUCGAUUACGCGCCCUUCUUCCGGGCCAUCCGCGCGCUGGCGGUGCGCGGCCGCGAGGCCGUGGCUACGGUGCGGCUGCCGGGCGCGCAGCCGGGCCGCCACGAGAGCACGGCGUGGCCCGCGUGCGACACGGUCGCGCUCGACGCCCACAUCCAGGUCGUCGGGCUGCUGAUGAACAGCAGCGACGACGUGGGCGCCGACCAGGUCAUGGUCAUGACGGGGCUCGACCGCGGCGUCGUCGCGCCCGGCUGCAGCAGCAGCGGGGACGGCGCUGCGGCGGAUGCCCGUGAGUGGCGCGUGUAUGCCCGGUUCGGCUACGGCGCUGAUCAGCAGCCCAUCGGCGACGUGUUUGUGUGCUCGGCCCGCGGCGAGCUGGUCGGCGUGUUCACCGGCUGCCGCUUUGCCAAGCUCGCCAUCUCGCGCCUGGAGAAGAUGCUCGACGCGGCCAACCGCAGUGGCGCGGCGCCGCUGCAGACCUCCGCUGCCGCACAGGCACAGGCAGUGCCGGCUGCGGGCUCUGUGCCGGCGUCUUCAUCCGGCCCGUCUGGCACGGCCACGCCGGCGUCGAGCGUCACGGCGUCGUCCUCGGGCCCAGACGGCACACUGAUCCCGGGCCCAGACGGCACACUGAUCCCGGCGGCGCUGAACGAGCUGGUCGCAGAGUACAGCGGCAUCGCCGCGGCCGAGCUGCCCACGGACCAGACGCUGGCCGACCUCGGCGUCGACUCGCUGGCGUCGGUGGAGCUGGCCGGGGAGCUGUCGUCCAAGUUUGGCCUCGAGAUCGAGUCGGACGACGUCGGCGGAGUCACGCUGCAGGACUUGUACCAGAAGCUCGGCGCAUCCUCCAGCCUGCAGAAGCAGCAGCAGCAGCAGCAGCAGCAGCAGCAGCAGCAACAACAGCAACAGCAACAGCAACAGCCUGUGUACACUUCGCCAGCCUCCGUGCCUGCGAAUGCGCCACCCGCAAAUUCGGCGGCGCAAUCGGCGUCUGGCAGCAGCAGCACCCCAGAGCCUGACGAGCGGUUUCAGAGCUUCCUGCAGACCGUCGCCGAGGUCUCAGGGGCCAAGCCCGCCGACAUCAAGCCGUCAGACGUGUUGGGCGAGUUGGGAGUGGAUUCGCUGUCGGCCGUCGACUUGAAGCAGGAGCUCGAGGACAAGUUCGCGGCGCGCCUCGACGACAUUCUCGUCGAAAACACGGUGCAGGACUUGAUGACGUGCCUGGGCAUUUCUGCCCCUGGAUCUGCUCCUAAACAUGUUCCUGGAUCUGCCCCUGGAUCUGCCCCUGGAUCCGUGAGGCCUCGUAAUACGGGAGGUAACCCCUUUGACUCGCUGCGAGUGUCGGACGCGCACUGGGACGUCUCGGCGCAGAGCCAAGGCUUCGUCGACUACUGGGACGGCGUGGCGCCUCUCCAGAACCAGCUGCUGGUGGCCUACGUCGUCGAGGCCUUUGCCGCGCUGGGCGUGCACCUGCGGCGGGCGUCGCCCGGGGACCGGCUGCCGCAGAUCCCGCACCAGACCAGCAAGUACGACAAGCUAGUGCCGCGGCUGUGGCAGAUUCUACAGGCGCACGGCAUCGUGUCAGUGCUCGGCGGACCAGACGGCGACGGCGGCGGCGGCGACGUCUUCACGCGAGCGGGCGGCGCCAUCGACGGGCGGUCCGCCGUGCAGCUGCAGGCCGCCUUCGAGACACAGUGCCCGGCCUACCGCGACGAGGCCGCGCUGAUGCAGCUCACGAGCCCGCGGCUGGCCGAGUGCCUGCGCGGCACCGCCGACGCCGUGGCCCUCAUGUUCGGCACCGCCGCGUCCAUGAAGGUCAUGGAGAACUACUACGGCCGGUCGCCCAUGAUCUCGACCCUGACCGACCAGCUCGUCGUCUUCCUCACCACGCUGCUCAAGGCCGCCGACCGCUCCCGGCCCGUGCGCAUCCUCGAGGUCGGCGCCGGCACCGGCGGCACCACCAAACGCUUGGCAGCGGCGCUCGACGCGGCCGGCCUCGCCGCGCGCUACACCUUCACCGACAUCGCGCCUAGCCUCGUGUCCAAGGCCAAGAACGCGGCCGCGCUCAGGCAGCACGCGUGGAUCGACUACACCACCUUCAACUUGGAGAAGGACGUGCCGGCGGCGUUCCGCGGGCAGUACGACGUCGUGAUCGGCACCAACUGCGUGCACGCGACGUCGGAUCGCGGCGCCGCGUGCGCGCGCAUCCGCACGACGCUGCGGCGCGGCGGCGUCGCCGUGCUGUCCGAGGUCACGCGCGUCGUCGACUGGUACGACAUCUGCUUCGGCUUGCUCGACGGCUGGUGGCUCGCCGAGCACCGCACCGCCUACCCCAUCCAGCCGCCCGAGACGUGGCUGGCCACCUUUGCAGCCGCCGGCUUCGCGAGCGCCGCGUGCUCCGGCGGGCCCUCGCGCGAGUCGACGAGCCAGCAGCUGCUCGUGGCCUGCAACGGCACGGCCUGGCCUGUCCCGCCACCUACCAUGGUCUACAAAGAGGCCGCCGACGGCGUGCAGGUCCACGCCGACGUCUUCUUCCCUGCCACGCCGCCACAGUCGCCCAUGCCCAUUGCUCUGAUGAUCCACGGCGGCGGCCACAUGACGCUGUCGCGGCGCGCGGUGCGGCCGGCCCAGACCCAGCACCUGCUCGCGCACGGCUUCCUGCCCGUCAGCAUCGACUACCGCCUGUGCCCCGAGGUGAGCCUCGCCGACGGGCCCGUGGCCGACGUGUGCGACGCGUACGCGUGGGCGCGCGCCGCGCUGCCGCCGCUCGCGCGCCAGCUCCACGGCGCCGCCGUCGACGGCUCCCGCGUCGUUGUUGUUGGCUGGUCUAGCGGCGGCCACCUCGCCCUUUCGCUGGGCUGGACGGCUCCCGCGGCCGGGCUGCCGCCCCCCGCGGCCGUGCUGAUUUUCUACGCGCCCUGCGAUUUCGAGUCCGGCGAACUCGACACGGCUCGCCUGGCAUCGCUCCCCGGCCGGAAAAUGAGCCUCGAGCGCAUCGUGGCCGCGCUGCCCACCAAAGCUAUAACAAGCUACGACAACUCGGCCCGCGGCGACACGUCCAACCUGGGCUGGGUGCGGCCCGGCGACGCGCGGUCCGAGCUGGUCCUAGCCCUCUUCAAAGAGCGCAUCGGGCUGCCGCUGCUCCUGCACGGGCUGCCGCCUCCGGGGGCCGACAUCAGCGCGUGGCUAGCGCGCGCGCCGGCGCCGGAGCGCGUGGCGGCCGUGUCGCCGGUGGCGCGCGCCCGGCGCGGCGACUACGCGUGCCCGACGUUUGCCGUCCACGGCACCGCCGACGAGGUCGCGCCGUUUGCCGGCGCCGAGCGCCUCGUUGCCGCGCUACACGCGCGCCGUGUGAGGUGUGGCUUCUUGCCCCUGCCUGGGGUGCGCCACAUCCAUGACGUGGAGCUGCGGCCGGGCACGCGCGAGUGGGACGACACGGUUGCGCCGGGCUAUCGGUUCCUGUUUGAUGUUGUCCGCGGGACGGAGUGA